GCCUCAUAUUUUUGCUUGUCAUUUAUACAUUUUUGUGUGUGUGUGUGUGUUUAUUUUUAAUUUUUAGCAGAAUGGCAGAUGAUGACGAGAAGUAUGAUGGCAUGUUGCUCGUUAUGGCGCAACAACACGAAGGAGGCGUACAAGAGCUAGUAAACACAUUUUUCAGCUUCCUUCGACGCAAAACUGAUUUCUUCACUGGUGGUGAUCAAGGCGCUGCGGAGAAGCUGGUGAAGGACGCCUUUGCCCAUCACAGUAAACUGGCACUGAAGAUCCACCGAGAGAAGCAGCUGAAACAAGAGAAGGAAAAGAAAGAGAAGGCUGAAAGAGCUACCAAGCUUGCAGAGGAAGAGAAGAAGAAGAAGAAGAAAAAUGCAGAUGGUCCCAGAAUCCAAGAGCUGACUGAUGAAGAAGCAGAGAAACUUCAGUCUGAACUUAACAAGAAAAAGAAAGAAGAGGAAAAAAUGGAGGGCGUAAUGACAAAUGAUGAAAAGGCGCCUGAAAAAGAAGAAAAAGCUGAGAAGGGGUCUGACUCAGAAGGAGAAGACGACGAGAAGGACAAAGACAAACUGAAGCCUAAUGCUGGAAAUGGAGCUGACCUGCCUGGUUAUAAGUGGACACAGACGCUAUCUGAAGUUGACUUGGCUGUGCCUUUUGAUGUGACGUUCCGCAUUAAGAGUAAAGACGUGGUGGUGGACAUCCAGCGGCGCUCCCUCAAAGUGGGCCUGAAGGGACAUCCUCCUGUGAUCGAUGGUCAGCUGUACAAUGAGGUGAAGGUAGAAGAGAGCUCCUGGCUCAUUGAAGAGGGCAAGAUUGUAACCGUCCACUUAGAAAAGAUUAACAAAAUGGAGUGGUGGAGCAGAAUUGUUCCCACAGAUCCUGAAAUCAACACCAAGAAGGUUUGCCCAGAGAACUCAAAGCUGUCAGAUCUGGAUGGAGAAACCCGUGGGAUGGUGGAGAAGAUGAUGUAUGACCAAAGACAAAAGUCGAUGGGCCUGCCCACCUCUGAAGAGCAGAAGAAACAGGACAUUCUCAAAAAAUUUAUGGCUCAGCAUCCAGAGAUGGAUUUCUCCAAAGCAAAGUUCAGCUGAGGCACCGAGACGUCGGCCUCUGAGAUCCAUCCCAUAAUGCCCGGAGACAACAGUUCCUCCCUGUUAAACCUCUGUGCAUGUCUGAACAAUAUUUAAAGAUGUGUCUGGAUUUCUGUCUUGUUUUUUUUUAGAUAAAUAACUGAAAUAAAAUUCUUUUGAUGUU